AUGGCCGGAGCUGUACGCCAGCCGAUCGAUAUUGCGUCGCUGGAACGCUAUAUCAACCAGAACGUACCCAUUGUCCAGACCCCUUUAGAUUUUGGUUUUGGACAAUCAAAUCCGACCUACCAGCUCACGGCAGCCGACGGAAAGAAGUAUGUCCUACGCAAGAAGCCCCCGGGCAAGCUCCUAUCGAAGACGGCACAUAAAGUCGAACGGGAAUACAAGAUUAUCCAUGCGCUAGAGAAUACAGAUGUCCCCGUUCCAAAGGCGUAUUGCCUAUGCGAGGAUAGCAGUGUCGUAGGGACCCCGUUUUAUAUCAUGGAGUUUCUGGACGGACGAAUGUUCGUCGACCCUUCCAUACCCGAAGUUAGUGCGGAGGAAAGGAAUGCACUAUGGAAAGACGCAAUCCGCACCCUCGCCAAGUUUCAUCGAGUCGUUCCUAAAUCGGUCGGAUUGGAGAAGUUUGGAAAACCAUCGGGCUUCUAUGAUCGACAGAUCGCCACGUUCACGGCGGUAUCCAAGGCACAAUCACAAGCAGUGGAUGUCCAAACCAAGGAACCUGUCGGGGAGCUACCGCAUUUCAUGGACAUGGUGCGCUUCUUCUCCAGUAAGGAGACGCAGCCUCAAGACCGAGGCACCUUGGUUCACGGAGACUACAAGAUUGAUAACCUGGUGUUUCACAAGACCGAGCCCCGGGUAAUUGGAAUCCUCGACUGGGAGAUGGCCACUGUGGGACACCCGCUGUCGGACUUCUGCAACCUCACAAGCCCAUACUUCUUGGAUGGCACAGAUCAUAAGACCGAGCAGUUCCAACCCAAUGUGAUUCCAGGCCUUCCCACGCGUGAAGACUGCCUGCGGUGGUAUGGCGAAGUGGCCGGUUGGGACCCGACGCCUGAUAUACUCUGGGGUGAUGCGUUCUUUUCGUGGAGGAGCUCCGUGAUCAUGCAGGGUAUCAAAGCUCGGUAUGCACUGAGACAGGCUAGCAGCGCGCGGGCACAGGAGUACGCACAAAAGACGGUGCCAUUCGCGUUGGGGGCGUGGGAGCGGGUCCGACAGGUGCAAUCCGCAAUUCCCCAAAAGAGCAAGCUGUAG